AUGGUAUUAGAGCGCUUUCAUCCGAGCUCCUAUGUCGCCGUCGUCACUAGUGGAGCAGUACAGAGGAGCUAUGGUGCAGAGGAUGUGGAGAAUCCGUACCUAUUCAGCACAAGUGAUAGCACGAACCUCAUCCUUGUUAGUCCGCCAUUGGUUGGCAGCUCAACCUACUGCUCAUGGUGUAUUUCCAUGAGAAUCGCCUUAGAGGUGAAAAUUAUGUGGUGGAUCAUUGAUAGUAGCGUUGCAACGCCUAACAGAGAGGAUAAUCGAUACGGACCUUGGAGACGAUGUAAUCUAAUGUUGUGUUCGUGGAUCUUCCGAUCUGUGCAUACUUCCAUUGCACAGAGUGUUAUGCAUCUAGAAAGUUCCAGGGAUGUUUGGAACGACUUGAAGAGACGUUUCACGCAGUGUGAUGCUAAGUGUAUAUCAGUAUUACAAAACGAUAUCUACAGCUUGAAGCAGGGAUCUCAGUCCAUUAGCGAUUACUAUACGAAGUGCCGGACCAUGUGGGAGGAGAUGAACACUUUGAGGCCACUCCCGCUAUGCAAAUGCGAUCCAAGGUGUAUAUGCGAAAUUAGAGAGGCAGAUCAGCUAGACGAAGUUAAACAUAAACAACCUUGA